GGACCAGGACUAUGACAGGGCCGUGCUGCCACUGCUGGAUGGCCAGCAGCCCUGCUACCUGCUGUACCGCCUGGACUCCAAGAACGCCCAGGGCUUCGAGUGGCUCUUCCUUGCCUGGUCGCCUGACAAUUCCCCCGUGCGGCUGAAGAUGCUGUACGCGGCCACACGGGCCACGGUGAAGAAGGAGUUUGGGGGCGGCCACGUCAAGGACGAGCUGUUCGGGACCGUGAAGGAUGACCUCUCCUUGGCUGGGUACCAGAAGCACCUGUCAUCCUGUGCAGCGCCCGCCCCCCUGACCUCGGCCGAGAGAGAGCUUCAGCAGAUCCGUAUCAACGAGGUGAAGACAGAGAUCAGCGUGGAGAGCAAGCACCAGACCCUGCAGGGCCUCGCUUUCCCCCUGCAGCCUGAGGCCCAGCGGGCACUUCAGCAGCUCAGGCAGAAGACGAUCAACUACAUCCAGCUGAAGCUGGACCUGGAGCGGGAGACUAUCGAGCUGGUACACACCGAGCCCACGGAUGUGGCCCAGCUGCCCUCACGGGUACCCCGAGAAGCCGCCCGCUACCACUUCUUCCUCUACAAGCACACCCAUGAGGGGGACCCCCUCGAGUCUGUGGUGUUCAUCUACUCGAUGCCGGGGUACAAGUGCAGCAUCAAGGAACGCAUGCUGUACUCCAGCUGCAAGAGCCGUCUCCUGGACUCCGCGGAGCAGGACUUCCGGCUGGAGAUCUCCAAGAAGGGCCCCUGCCGCGGCGCCCUGCUGCCCCCGUCUCUCCUGGUGCAGGCCGCCAUGCUGGCCGCGGCCCUGGCCCAGGGCACCCUGCCCGCCUUCCUGCCCUGCGAGCUGCAGGCCCCCGGCCGGGUCAACUGCGAGUGGCUCUUCCUGAAGGCCGUGCCCCACUUCCCGGCGACCGCGCCCCGGGGCAACGUCACCAGCCUUUCCUUGCGCUGCAAUCGCAUCCACCACCUGCACGACUCCGACUUUGCGCACCUGUCCCACCUGCGGCAUCUCGACCUCAAGUGGAACUGCCCGCCCAGCACCCUCAGCCGCAUGCACUGGGACUGCCACAUGACCAUCGAGCCCCACACCUUCCUGGCUGUGCCCACCCUGGAGGUGCUGAACCUCAGCUACAACAACAUCACGGCCGUGCCCGCCCUGCCCAGGUCCCUCACGCACCUGUCCCUCAGCCGCACCAACAUCCUGGUGCUCGAGCCCGCCGACUUCAAAGGCCUGCACGCCCUGAGCCACCUGUACAUGGACGGCAACUGCUACUACAAGAACCCGUGUGGCCGGGCGCUGCGGGUGGCCCCGGGCGCCCUCCUGGGCCUGGGCAACCUCACCUACCUGUCGCUCAAGUACAACAACCUGACGGCGGUGCCCCGCAGCCUACCGCCCACCCUGGAGGGCCUGCUGCUGUCCUACAACCGCAUCGUCUCCCUGGGGCCCGAGGACCUGGCCAACCUCACCGCCCUGCGCGUGCUCGACGUGGGCGGGAACUGUCGCCGCUGUGACCACGCCCGCAACCCCUGCGUCGAGUGCCCCAAGGGCUCCCCCAGCCUGCACCCCGACACCUUCAGCCACCUGCGGCACCUCGAAGGCCUCGUGCUGAAGGACAACUCUCUCCGCUGGCUGGACAUCAACUGGUUCCGCGGCCUGGGCAACCUCUCGGUGCUGGACGUGAGUGAGAACUUUCUGUACGACUGCAUCAUGUACACCAAAGCCUUCAGGGGCCUGACGCGGCUGCGCAAACUCAACUUGUCCUUCAAUUACCACAAGAGGGUGUCUUAUGCCCACCUGCGUCUGGCAGCCUCCUUCGAGAGCCUGCAGGCCCUGCAGGAGCUCAACAUGAACGGCCUCUUCUUCCGCUCGCUAGGCGAGGACACGCUGCGGUCCGUGACCCGCCUGCCCUUGCUCCACAACCUGAGUCUGCAGAUGAACUUCAUCAGCCAGGCCCAGCUCCACAUCUUCGGGCUGUUCCCCAGCCUGGGGCAUGUGGACCUGUCCAACAACCGCAUCAGCGGGGCCGCGGGCCCGGCCACCCCCUCGGAGGGCGCGGAUGCCGAGGAGGCCGUCCGGCUGCCAGCCAUGGGCCGCGCUGCGGCUCCCCUGGACCCCCCAGGCUCCAUGGACUUCAUGCCGAGCUGCAAGAACUUGACCUUCACCUUGGACCUGUCCCGGAACAACCUGGUGACGGUCCGACCAGAGAUGUUCGCCGGGCUCUCGCGCCUCCAAUGCCUGCGCCUGAGCCACAACAGCAUCUCGCAGGCGGUCAACGGCUCAGAGUUCGCGCCGCUGACCGGCCUGCAGGUGCUGGACCUGUCCCAUAACAAGCUGGACCUGUACCAUGGACGCUCGUUCACGGAGCUGCCGCAGCUGCAGGCCCUGGACCUCAGCUACAACAGCCAGCCCUUCAGCAUGCGGGGUGUGGGCCACAACCUCAGCUUCGUGGCCCAGCUGCCCGCCCUGCGCUACCUCAGCCUUGCGCACAACGCCAUCCACAGCCGCGUGUCUCACAGGCUCUGCAGCUCCUCGCUGAAGGCCCUGGACUUCAGCGGCAACUCGCUGAGCAGCCUGUGGAACGAGGGAGACCUCUACCUCUGCUUCUUCCAAGGCCUGAGACGCCUGGUCUUCCUGGACCUGUCCCAGAACCAUCUGCACGCCCUCCUGCCACACACCCUGGACCGCCUCCCCAAGAGCCUGCAGCAGCUGCGUCUCCGUGACAAUUACCUGGCCUUCUUCAACUGGAGCAGCCUGACCCUCCUGCCCAAGCUGGAAGCCCUGGACCUGGCGGGCAACCAGCUGAAGGCCCUGACAAACGGCAGCCUCCCCGCCGGCACCAGGCUGCAGAAGCUGGACGUCAGCUGCAACAGCAUCGGCUUCGUGGACCCCGGCUUCUUCACCCAGGCCACGAGGCUGCGACAGCUCAAUCUCAGUACCAACGCCCUCAAGACGGUGGAGCCCUCUUGGUUUGGCUCCCGAGCGGCCGCCUUGAGGGUCCUGGACGUGAGCGCCAACCCUCUGCACUGCGCCUGUGGCGCGGCCUUCGUGGACUUCCUGCUGGAGGUGCAGGCGGCCGUGCCCGGGCUGUCCAGCCAGGUCAAGUGCGGCAGUCCGGGCCAGCUCCUGGGCCGCAGCAUCUUCGCGCAGGACCUGCGCCUCUGCCUGGACGAGACCCUCUCCUGGGACUGCUUCAGCCUGUCGCUGCUGGCCAUGGCGCUGGGCCUGGCCGUGCCGCUGCUGCACCACCUCUGCGGCUGGGACCUCUGGUACUGCUUCUACCUGGGCCUGGCCCUGCUGCCCCGGUGGGGGCGCCGGCACGGCGCCGGUGCCCCGCCCUACGACGCCUUCGUGGUCUUCGACAAGGCGCAGGGCGCCGUGGCCGACUGGGUGUACAACGAGCUGCGGGUCCAGCUGGAGGAGCGCCGCGGGCGCCGGGCGCUCCGCCUGUGUCUGGAGGAGCGGGACUGGCUGCCCGGGCAGACGCUCAUCGAGAACCUGUGGGCCUCCAUCUACCGCAGCCGCAAGACGCUGUUCGUGCUGGCCCGCACGGACCGGGUCAGCGGCCUCCUGCGAGCCAGCUUCCUGCUGGCCCAGCAGCGCCUGCUGGAGGACCGCAAGGACGUGGUGGUGCUGGUCAUCCUGAGCCCCAGCGCCCACCGCUCCCGCUACGUGCGGCUGCGCCAGCGCCUCUGCCGCCGCAGCGUCCUCCUCUGGCCCCACCAGCCCAGCGGCCAGGGCAGCUUCUGGGCCCAGCUGGGCAUGGCCCUGACCAGGGACAACCGCCACUUCUAUAACCAGAACUUCUGCCGGGGCCCCACGACGGCCGAAUAGCACGGGAGACAGCCCGGCACCCGCCCCCCCACCCCGCCUCCCUGCCGGGGAUACCCCAACCUGCCUCCCCCAUCCCUGCGUACAGCAGGCACUCAAUAAAUGCGACCGGCAGGC